GGCUGCGCGCGGGCGCGGGGGCGGGGCGCGGCGCUCGCGGCUGCGGCUUCGGAGAGAGAGGCCGGGCAGGCGGCGGGCGGCGCGGCUCUCAACCUGGUUGACCGACUGACCCUCGGACUGACGGGCUGACCGGCGGACGGCGGCGGCGGGAGUCAGAAGCCGCGCGGGACGACGCUGAGGACAAGCGCGUCAGGUUCCGCGGCCGCCGCUCGGUCGGCGUGCUGAAUGAAGCGCCCGCCCCGCUGAGCCCCGAGCCCGGCGCGUUCCCCGCAAGAUGGACGGUUUCGCCGGCAGCCUUGAUGAUAGUAUUUCUGCUGCAAGUACCUCUGAUGUUCAAGAUCGCCUCUCAGCUCUUGAAUCACGAGUUCAACAACAAGAAGAUGAAAUCACCGUGCUAAAGGCAGCAUUGGCUGAUGUUUUGAGGCGUCUUGCAAUUUCUGAAGAUCAUGUAGCCUCAGUGAAAAAGUCCGUGCCAAGUAAAGGCCAACCAAGCCUUCGAGAAGCUAUUUCUAUGUCCUGUAUAACCAAUGGAAGUGGUAUAAACAGAAAACAGAAUCACACCAGCUCUAUAUCAAUAGCAAGAAAAGAAACUCUUUCUUCGGCUGCUAAAAGUGGUACAGAAAAAAAGAAAGAAAAGCCACAAGGACAGAGAGAAAAAAAAGAGGAAUCUCAUUCUAAUGAUCAGAGCCCACAAAUCCGAGCAUCACCUUCUCCCCAGCCCUCUUCACAGCCUCUCCAAAUAAACAGACAAACUCCAGAGAGCAAGAGUUCUGCUCCCACCAAAAGCAUAAAACGUCUACCAACAGCUGAAAAGUCACAUAACUCAUGGGAAAAUUCAGAUGAUAGUCGUAAUAAAUUACUGAAAACAGUUUCAACAUCAAAAUUAAUAUCAAAGGUUAUAAAAAAUACAGACAAACAUAAAGAUGUCAUCAUCAAUCAAGCAAAAAUGUCAACCCGGGAAAAAAACAGCCAAGAAGGAGAAUAUAUUAAAAUGUUUAUGCGAGGUCGGCCAAUUACAAUGUUCAUUCCUUCGGAUGUUGACAACUAUGAUGACAUCAGAACAGAACUGCCUUCUGAGAAGCUCAAACUGGAGUGGGCGUACGGUUAUCGAGGAAAGGACUGUCGGGCGAACGUGUGCCUGCUUCCCACGGGGGAGAUAGUUUAUUUCAUCGCCUCCGUGGUGGUCCUCUUUAAUUAUGAGGAGAGGACUCAGCGACACUACCUGGGUCAUACAGACUGUGUAAAAUGCCUUGCUAUACAUCCUGACAAGAUUAGGAUCGCAACUGGACAGAUAGCUGGAGUGGAUAAGGAUGGAAGGCCUCUGCAACCCCAUGUCAGGGUGUGGGAUUCAGUAAGUCUUACCACACUGCACAUUAUUGGACUUGGAACUUUUGAGCGUGGAGUAGGAUGCCUGGAUUUUUCAAAAGCAGAUUCAGGUAUUCAUCUAUGCGUUAUUGAUGACUCCAAUGAACACAUGCUUACCGUAUGGGACUGGCAGAAAAAAUCAAAAGUAGCAGAAAUAAAGACAACAAACGAAGUUGUUUUGGCUGUAGAAUUCCACCCAACAGAUGCAAAUACAAUAAUAACAUGUGGCAAAUCUCAUAUUUUUUUCUGGACCUGGAGUGGCAAUUCACUAACAAGAAAACAAGGAAUUUUUGGGAAAUAUGAAAAACCAAAAUUCGUUCAGUGUUUGGCAUUCUUAGGGAAUGGAGAUGUUCUCACUGGAGACUCGGGUGGAGUCAUGCUUAUCUGGAGCAAAACUACGGUGGAACCCCCACCUGGGAAAGGCCCUAAAGGUGUAUAUCAGAUCAACAGACAAAUCAAAGCCCAUGAUGGCAGUGUGUUUACGCUUUGUCAGAUGAGAAAUGGGAUGCUAUUAACUGGAGGUGGAAAAGACAGAAAAAUAAUUUUGUGGGAUCAUGAUUUGAACCUUGAAAGAGAAAUCGAGGUUCCUGAUCAGUAUGGCACAAUUAGAGCAGUUGCAGAGGGAAAGGCAGAACAGUUCUUAGUAGGCACAUCACGAAAUUUUAUUUUACGGGGAACAUUUAAUGAUGGCUUCCAAAUAGAAGUACAGGGUCAUACAGAUGAACUCUGGGGCCUUGCAACACAUCCCUUCAAAGAUCUGCUCUUGACAUGUGCACAGGACAGGCAGGUGUGCAUGUGGAACUCAGUGGAGCACAGGCUGGAGUGGACCAGGCUUGUGGACGAACCAGGACACUGUGCAGACUUUCAUCCAAGCGGUACAGUGGUGGCCAUUGGAACACACUCAGGCAGGUGGUUUGUUCUAGAUGCAGAAACAAGAGAUCUGGUGUCCAUCCACACGGACGGAAAUGAGCAGCUUUCUGUGAUGCGCUACUCAGUAGAUGGUACUCUUCUGGCUGUGGGAUCUCAUGACAACUUUAUUUACCUCUAUGCAGUCUCAGAAAAUGGAAGAAAAUACAGCAGAUAUGGAAAGUGCACUGGACAUUCUAGCUACAUCACACACCUUGACUGGUCCCCAGACAAUAAGCAUAUAAUGUCUAACUCGGGUGACUACGAGAUACUGUACUGGGACAUUGAAAAUGGCUGCAAACUAAUCAGGAACCGAUCCGAUUGUAAGGACAUCGAUUGGACAACAUAUACCUGUGUGCUAGGCUUCCAAGUCUUUGGGGUCUGGCCAGAAGGAUCCGAUGGAACAGACAUCAACGCGCUGGUUCGAUCCCACAAUAGAAGAGUGAUCGCUGUGGCUGAUGAUUUCUGUAAAGUCCAUCUGUUUCAGUAUCCCUGCUCCAAGGCAAAGGCUCCCAGUCACAAGUACAGUGCCCACAGCAGCCAUGUGACCAACGUCAGUUUUACUCAUAAUGACAGUCACCUAAUUUCAACUGGUGGGAAGGAUAUGAGCAUCAUUCAGUGGAAGCUUGUGGAAAAGUUACCUUUGCCUCAAAAUGAGGUCGUAACAGACACCAGUUUAACCAAAACCCCUGCCUCUUCCACUGAAAAUGCCAGGCCGUCUAACCUUCCUCCACAGCCUCCUUCCCAACCAUUCACUGGGACGGUUGAAGAAGAAAGCAGAAUGAGCAGCUCCCCCACACUUGUAGAGAACAGCCUAGAGCAGAUCGCAGAGCCCAGCAAGGAGCAGAGCGAGUGGGGCAGCGAAGACCUUGGUGUGGUGAUUGAUGAAGAGCCUGCUAGUGAGUUAGGUGAGAAGCAGAGAGCAACUGAGCUGCCUGAGGAGGAGCAAAGUACAACACCCCUGUGCUAAAUUCCAGACUCCAGAGCUCCUCUGCUACCUGCGAAGUGAUGGAGCUUUGUUUCCCAUGAGAUCAGACACUCUGCGGCAGUCCAGUACGCCAUCAGUGAGCUAGAGCAAACCAGGAGACUGUUUGGUAGGUGUUGACAACUCAACCAAACUUCACUAGCAGGAGGAGACUGGCAGGUGAGUGUGUCUAAGAAAUCAAUGUGCGUGGUGCAGAUACUGGAAACAAAACUGCAGCUGUACCCAUUGGAAAGAAACCUGUUAUCUGAAUGCGAUUUCCUCGAAACAGCUGGAGGCCUCACCGGCACCAUCAUUUUGAUUGGUUGCUGUCUCAGGCAGCCAUUUUUUUCCUGAUGCAAAAAAAGAAAGCAGGAAAAAGUGCUCUUAUUGUGAUACCGUCCCACUCAGAUGUCUAACAGGAACGUUUUAAUUAACUAAGGAGAGUUUUAGUAUUGCCAAGUGCGAUUGCCUUUCCUGUGACCCUUCAUGUUCUUACACUACCCGAGAUGUCCAGACAUGCUUGCUAGUGGCUGCUCCCUAGGCGCUGCCUUUCUAAGUUAUACUGAGCAACCGUCCUCAGUGGCUUGUGUACAGAUUGCUUUAUCCCAGAAGCAAGCCUUGGUUUGUUGAAGAGCUUUUAAUGUAUAGUAAACCAUGAUCCUGAGAGAGUUGGUUCUCCAAGAAGUCCUUCACUGGCCUACAUAUUCUCUAAUGUUGGGCAUUCAAGGGAGUGGAAGAAGAAAAAAUGCCGCAUGCCUUUAACAGAUGAACUGUAAUAGUGACCUGCUAAUUGUCGCUAGCCUUCAGCACUAUCUUUUCCCUCACAUAGUCACUAAAUGGUCAAAUUGGUGCUUGAAAUUCAUUGGUCUAGUUGUAAUUUUUAUACAAAUUACACCAAGAGAUAAGAUGUCUUUUUUACAGAAAUGUAGUAGUCACAGUGCCGCUCAUAGGCUGCGCCCUCUGCAGGUGUACUGUCUGUGGGCUUUUCCUUUUUCUGGGAGCCGUACAACCCUUGUAUGGCUGGCUUUGGUCUGGGCAGGGCAUGUGCUAGUAUACAUGGGCAAGUUAGGCUUUUCUAAGUUGUGUCAGAUAACUAUUUUUCCUAAGUAUGUGUUUCCUACUUAAAUUACUGACGUGUGCAUUUCCUAUGUUUGUUUUUACUUUGAUUACAAAACUGUUUAUUUUUUUUUAACUUGCUACAUUGUUUUCCUACUUUUUUGUUGUUGGAUUAUGUAACUUUCUAAGUUCAGAAGUCUUAAGUGUGCAAGCGUUUACGUGAUUGUGCCAUUCCAGAGUGCGUCAGAACUGUCAUUCCCUUCCAGUACCUUCUCAGGAGUAACAUAUCAGGUAUGUCACCAUCGCUCCGUGAACGCCAAGGACACUCGACACUAUUCACACGCUGUGCAGAGAGUGUGUGGAGGGACAACAGAGCAGUGUAUCUGGGUAAGAUACACACAGCGAAGUGCGUUCAGUGAAAGUCUGUGUCUAGGUCUAUGUCCAUGUAUCUCUCUCCUUUUGUUUACAACUUUUUUUUAAUUAAGUUUAAAAACAAAAACAAAAAACAACAAAAAAAAAAACACCUCACCUCAACAUAGCUCUCUUCCAAAGAGGAGAUUUCAAGCCACCUGACUUCUUCAGUUUAGUCUUUACCCAGUGUCAGAGCGCACGGCUUCAGGCAUCUCUGUCCACCAGCUAGCAGUGGAGAUGAAAUCAAGUCCUUGCAAAAUUAUCCAUGCAAUGGAGAUGAACAAGCAAUUCGAGGAGAAGAAAAUGUGCUUCUUUCAGUGCCUGGAGGAUGCAGCUCUCCACAAGCAGGGACUUUAUUUAGGGACAUCUGUCACCUUUGGGGUUGCCAUGUACAAUGAGAUUUAUAAUCAUGAUACUCUUGGGUGGUAGUUUCCAAAGACACUACUAAUGUGCAGAGAGCGUUCCAGCCUCUAGGGCUGGCAACUACUGUUUCAUGUCGGUCAGAUCUGUGAUAAUGGUUGGAAGGAUGUGGGAUUAUGAAAUUGUUUUUGUUUUUUUGUUUUUAGAAAACUUGUGAAUGAAAAUGAACCCAAGUGUUUCAUGUGAAGAUGAGCCAUUUCUAUCAUGCAUUCCGAUGUCAUGGCAGAAAAUUUUGAAGAUAAAAAAAUAAGAUAAUUAAAG